AUGUCAUGGUUCGCUCACUCUCUGGCAAACUCUCUCCGAAUCGAACUCGACAGCGACGACGACGACGACGAAGCCGAUGAAUACGAUGAUGAAGAAAUCGACGUCGAACCUGGUCGUUCUCAUGUCUCGCCAACUCAUUCGCCCGGAAACCAUCAACGUUAUCAUCAACGACAACCGCACCAAACGCAAGACGAUGAAUUUGAAUCAGAUAAUGAUGCGCAACUUCGAGGAGUCAAAGAGGACCUUGACGAAUUGAAGCAAACCCUAACUCGCCAAUUCUGGGGAGUGGCUUCUUUCCUAGCUCCGCCGCCAACAAACUCCCACCCUCCUUCUAAACAGACGUUUUCUGAUCCCGCGGCAUUAACCGGGAAUCAAUCGGAGCCAUCUGAUCAGUGUGCUUCUGGAAGUGGUGGAGGAAUUGAUGUGCACGAUGGCGUUGGAAUUUCCUGCAUUGGGCGUGGAGAAAUUGAAGGUCGAUUCCGUAAUGAAGUUCCAGGAGUUUCGUUUACGGCUUCGGAUUUGAGUUCGCAUGGCCCGGAGUAUGUUGAGAAUGGGGAAUUUGAAAUGGAUGAGCCUGAUCUUAAACAAGCAAUUGGAAUUACAGAGGAGGUGUUGACCUUCGCGAGAAAUAUAGCGAUGCAUCCUGAGACGUGGUUGGAUUUCCCUAUUGACGAGGAAGAAGACACGGCUGAUUUUGACAUGUCUGAUGCUCAGCAGGAGCAUGCUUUUGUCAUAGAAAGACUUGCUCCACGGUUAGCUGCACUCAGAAUUGAACUGUGUCCUUGCCAUAUGAGUGAAGGUUACUUUUGGAAAGUCUAUUUUGUACUUUUGCAUUCUAGACUUAAUAAACAAGAUGCUGGAGUCUUGUCUACUUCUCAGGUUAUGACAGCCAGAGCAAUGUGGAUGCAGGAGUUGCAGAAGCAAACCAAGCCUGAAUCUGAAUGGUAUGGUAGAAGCACAUCCUGUGUAAGAGACAUUGCUCCAGAUGAGGAUCUUCCUCCUAGCAUAUCUGAUUAUACCAUAUCUCAUGUGACACGUGGAUACGAACCAACCAGUUGGCCCACAGGAGUGGAUUAUGAGUCUGAGAAGCACACCAUUGAAAGUUCUGAAACAGUUUUUACUGAUAAGUCUGUCAUUGAGGAAAAACCAAUUGUUAAAACUGAUGACAAGGGAUUAACAAACGAUAGAUCUUCAAAAAUUGCCGUUCCAAACUAUGCUGAUGGUGAGGAUGAAUGGCCAGAGGAAGAUUCUGAAUUGGAGGGAACCAUCAUCCCAAUGGUGAAUGAAGACAUAUCUUUCAGUGAUCUCGAAGAUGAUGAUUAUGGCAUAAAGCAUGUUAAAUCCAAAACAGAUCCAAAGACAGUAUGAAAUUUCAAUGCAAAAUACAUGUCUGUUGUGGAAGUGAGAACACUGCAGUGUCCCUGGUGUCGGGGGUUAAAAAGCUGGCAGUGGUGUUUUGGGCACUAAGACAAGGUCAGGGAUAUUCUGGUUUCACUAUGUAAUGAUGUUGUAGAAACAUUUGUUGGAACAUCACACGAAAUAUUGACAAAUCCAAGUGUAAAUUCAAAACCACAUUCGCCCUUGUCUUCAAUUG